AUGGCACUACCGUCUAUUUCUAGCUUGUCCAAAACACCAAAAACCAAUCUUGGGAAGCGUUUGAUACCCGUGCUCGAAUGCGAUCCACGAGCUCAGAUUCCCAAUUAUCCUGACCCCACCCCACCGGCUGAAAGCGAUCCAGCGAAAGCCUUUCUCGCGCAGGUUGCUACGUUCAGAUCAAUGACCUCGCUAUGCGGCCAAUACCCAGGAGGAAUGGGGUAUUACUGCCCUCCCGCGGGUGAUGCAUUGCUCGUCCAAAGGCCUGCGUCACAACUUUACGAGUUUUUGGGCCCACCUGACUCGCAAUACCUCAAAGAUGCAUGUCUGGCCAACUGCUAUUGUACACAGAUCGCUCCAGGCGACCCCGAUCCUUCUUCGUCAAAACCGGCGUCGGCACAAUGUCUUGCUGAUGUAGGUGAAUCUGAUUCCGAUGACGAAGUCGAUGCAGGGGGUUGUAUGGACACGUAUCACGACCCUGAAGCUGAUGAUGGCAUUGACUGCGACGAAACCGGAUACUUCUAUGGACAUCCUCUUAGCGCGGACUGUGAACUUGCUCAAGAUGGCAUUGGGGAUGGUUUCGAGAGCAUGACAGAUAGCUGCGAAUUUUUAGGAAUUGGCGCCCAAUCAGUUUACAACGGUUAUGAAAUUGCGCAGACACCUUACAACUGGACGAGUGGAACAUGUUACAUUCAAGUCAGCAUGCUGGACGGAGGAAAUUACUAUGCUUCCUCCAAUAUCGAGAAUUGGGAUUACAUCUGGGGCCGGGCAGAUGCCAUCCGCCAAAAGUGCGUAGCUGGACUCGGCGUUGGCGGCUCAGCAAAGGCUGGCGAUGUAUCCGAAGGGAUGGGCAUACCCCAGAGCAUCGGCAUCUUCGUCUCCGGCGUCACUUCGAAAACGAAACAGAUGCUCGACAUGAAAUUCGCCUGCAUUACAGACGCCGACGGCAACUACUCUUGCGACGACGACUCAGCUCCUGCAGCCAAAAAGCAGAAGACUUCACCGCCGUCCUCCCCCGACAGCGCUGUUGCGCCUCCAGCCGGUAACAGACUCGGCAGCGGCGCGCAAUCGGGAUCCUGCGUCUCUCACACGGAUUGCGAUUACAACAACGGCUACACAUGCGCCGCGACCAAAACGGCGGCGGACGACUUCCCAGUCGAUUCCACUUGGGGCACAUAUACUUGCAAAUUGGCUUCCAAAUUGGCUUCCAACGCCAUCGCGGCGGCCGCCGCAUACGUGGCGCUUGGCAGCACCUGUCGUGGCCGCUGUGUCCUGGACACGAACGGCACGCUCGACGUCCUCGCCAACACCACGUCCGCCGGGCCUGAACCGGACUCCGUCAUGCCUCCCAUGCUGGUGGGUCCGUGUAAUUGCACGUACGUCUCGGCGGCCUGCGUACUGUCUACGACGGGUAUGGUGUAUGAGGAUCCGAGCGCGAAGAUCGAUACGGUCGUUGGAGCGCCGAAUGGGACGGUGUGCUGUGAUGCGACGACGGGGUUGUGGGGGAGUAGUACGGUGGUGAGGGAUACCCCGGCCGCGAACCCGCUUUGUCCUGCGGCUGCGGCGGCGGGCGCUGGGGCGGUGCAGGUGGGGGCUAGUAAUAGUGGGAGUGGGGGGGAGUGGGAGUGGGAGUGGAAGCGUUCCUGGCAGUAG